UCGCACUCGGAACUAACAACAAACAAGAGUUGAGGCGGUCGCGAGCAAAAUAAACUUGUUUUAAAAGAGAAGUUCACAAAAUUACCAGAUUAAGAGGACUGUAACAUCAACAUAAAAAGGGAAUGAAUUGAUUUUCCCGAAACCGAGCUACCGAAUCUAGCCAAUUUUAUAUAAACUACGAUUUAAAUUGCGUCUCCUACCUAGAUCACCAAAAAAUGUUUUACCACAUUUCCCUGGAGCAUGAAAUUCUUCUUCACCCAAAAUAUUUUGGACCACAGCUUAGCGAAACGGUCAGGCAAAAAUUGUACACUGAAAUUGAAGGAACGUGUACCGGCAAGUAUGGAUUUGUAAUUGCCGUGACCACAAUCGAUCACGUAGGAGCUGGACUCAUCCAGCCAGGCCAAGGCUUUGUACUUUACCCAGUCAAGUUUCGCGCUAUCGUGUUCAGACCGUUUAAGGGUCAAGUUCUUGAUGCUGUUGUCACUCAAGUGAACAAGGUUGGCAUCUUUGCAGACAUAGGCCCUCUCUCUUGCUUUAUCUCUCAUCACUCAAUUCCUGCAGACAUGGAAUUUUGUCCCAAUGUUCAGCCUCCCUGCUAUAAAUCUAAAGACGAGGAUAUUGUGAUCCACGCUGAUGACGAGAUUCGUCUGAAAAUUGUAGGAACUCGAGUAGAUGCAACAGGAAUUUUUGCAAUUGGAACAUUGAUGGAUGACUACCUUGGGCUCGUUUGCAGCUAAAUUUGGCAUUAUUUUAUUUUGACACAACAACGCCCUUUCAACAGAUAAAUAGAUGUAUUAAUUUUUAAUCUAUAAACUUCAUUCAAAUGAAUGAGUUUUAAAUAAAUAAAAAAAUCGCAAUUUUUAAAUUAUAUAUGAUGAUAAUAUAUUCAAAUG